GAGAUUUUGUGCAUAAAAUUGAUAGUGUCGUUGGAGCAGUUGAAUACGUUGCUAGUUUCAGUAAACGAAGUUGAUUUAUCAUGGAGAAUAUCGCAACAUGGAUCUUAGCCGUGACCAGUAUACUAUACAAUCAAGUCGUUUGUUCGGAUAAUUCAAAUGAUUUCGAAGUGCUUUACACAUCCGCCGGUUUUGAUGGCUUAAAAUCACAAUCAUUGUCAGCAGACGAUCAACGUUUCACACGAAAUGCUUUCGAUCCGAAAACCGAUUAUGUUGGUUCACACAACGCUUUCCUUUGGAAAUAUUUUGAUAAAGCUGCCGACUAUACGAGUCACGAUGGACACGACGAUGAUGAUGAUGAUGGCCAUGUAAAAACGAAUGAAAAAUAUCACCAGGCUCCAGACGCCGAACAAUUUGAAAAAGUAGACAGUUACGAUCAAGCAUACAAUGACUAUCAAUAUGAUCGUAUCAGAAGUAUGUCGCCAAAGCAGAACCAAGAAAGUGAACAAAAUCCGAAAAAUUGUAAGAUCGUUGUGAAUGGGGCAAUGAUAUGUAGCGUAUGCAAAGAUUCCGACGGCAAUCAUUCGAAAUCAUGUUCGUUUAGCUCUGCUCCCGAUAAGCAAAAUUAUGAAUACAUCAAACAGCGAAUGACAGCUUACAAUAGCGGGGACCACGAUGAAUAGAAGAAACUUGAUAGUGAACAAGAUCAGUCGUACGAAUAUUGGGAGAGUGACAAUGCAGCAAAGUAUCGUCAGCACCAAAUUCAGACAAAAUUUUUAGAUAAAAUAGCAAAACUUAUGGAGGUGUUGUGUGUGUAUAUGUGUAAACAAGAACUAAAU